AUGGCAGUCUCUGCCCUUGUGGUCCUGGCUCUGGUACUGCCCUUGGGAGCCUGGACAGUCCUGGGGAAUUCCAGAUGGCCCUGUGUGCCCUGCUGCCACCAGGCCUGGUCCCCAGCUGUGGCCUCCAGCCCAAAUGCCUGGGCAAGCUCUGGGGACCCAUGGGCAGGACCACCCCAUGUGCAUCCCACCGUUGACAUCACAAUCCUCAAAGGAGAGAAGGAAGAGGCAGGUGUCCGAGGCCACUCAGGACAAAGAGGGAGGGAGGGCCCUCAGGGCCUCCAUGGCCAGCCAGGCCACAAAGGCCGGAAGGGGCAGGUGGGCCCCCCAGGAGCCCCUUGCCAGCACACCUACACGACCUUCUCGGUGGGCCGACGCAAGGGUCUGCAGAGCAGGGACAGCUUCCAGGUGGUGCCCUUUGACACCGAGCUUGUAAACCUGGACAGCACUUUCAACCUGGCCUUGGGCCACUUCCGCUGCAUCGUCCCUGGCAUGUACUUCCUGAGCCUGCAUGUGCACACCUGGAACUACAAGGAGGCCUACCUGCACAUCAUGCUAGACCAGCAGCCCAUGGCCGUGCUGUACGCGUAGCCCAACGAGCGCAGCCUCAUGCAGGCCCAGAGCUUGCUGCUGCCACUGGUCGCCAGCAACACCAUCUGGGUGCGCAUGUUCCACCGUGACCAAGAGAACACCAUCUACGGAGAGCCUGGAGACCUGUACAUCACCUUCAGUGGCCACCUGGUGGCUCCAACCGCCCAGCUCUAG